AUAUGCAAGAUCCCCCAAACUUCCAGGAUAGGGGUUGGGCCUGGUUUAUAGUGUUUGGAGCAUUUAUUGUGCAUUUCCUAACUGCAGGGCUAGAGAAAACCUAUUCAAUAUGGUAUGUGGAAAUAAUGCGAGAAUACCAAUCAAGUGCGGCAGCCACUUCUGGAAUCGCUGGUGUCUUUGCCUCUAUUCGCCUUCUUUUUGGUCCUGCUGCCGUUACUCUUAGCAAACGCUUUUCGAUGCAAUCUGUUGUAAUCUCAGGAGGACUUCUUACGUUUACUGGUCUACUUAUUGCUGCUCUUUCUAGACAUUUUGUACUACUUAUGAUAGGAUAUGGUUUUAUUUAUGGAUUUGGUCUAACCUUAGUUUUCACCCCUGCUCUAGUAAUCUGUACAAUAUAUUUCAAUCGUCUUAGAGCUACUGCACUAAGCAUAUCUUUAUCUGGGGCCGGAUUUGGAGCAUUUUUAUUACCACCUCUUAUAGUACUUCUUAUAAGUCUUUACGGAUACUAUGGUGCAAUGCUUGUCGUUUCAGGAUUCACAUUGAACUAUUGUGUGGCUGGUGCAAUAUUUGUCUCUCCACUACACACUAGAUUGAAUCCUCAACCAAUCGAAAAGAAAACGCCUAUGGGACCCGAUGACCCAGCUAAAGGCGAAUGCACCCCCUUUGUAAAUGGGAAAGAACCAAGAAGAUUAGAACAGCUACUUUCUUGUGGAUCCGUUUAUAUUGAAAUUCUUGGAGAUAAAUGGUUUUCGCUCUUCUUAUUUGCCUUCAUAUUCAAUAUGAUGGGGUCAGGCCCAGUUACAACACUUGUGCUACAUUAUUCAGAAGAGCAAGGGUUACAUAAUAUGUAG